AUGUUCUACAACGACUUUGCCGGCUCUGUCUUCCCAGGGUGCUACUGGGGAAGCUAUGGCUACCCUCUGGGGUAUAGCGUUGGUUGUGGCUACGGCAGCACCUAUUCCCCAGUGGGCUAUGGCCUCGGCUAUGGCUACAAUGGCUGUGGAGCUUACAGAAGAUACUGGCCCUAUGCUCUCUACUGA